AUGUUUGGGAGGUCCACAUCAGGAUUCGGCGGCUUCAGCAGCACCGCCAACAACCUGUCCUCUCCGUUCCUGUCGAACACUAACAAUAAUACAACGACCUCGCCGUUUGGUCAAAGUAACAACACCGGCAGUGCUUUUGGGUCGAGUUCAGGAGGUGGCCUUUUUGGCGCCAACAACAACACUGCCAACAAUAAUAACUCAGCUUUUGGUGGCUCGGGCACAUCAGCAUUUGGCUCCAAUAACAACACGGCCAACACUGGUGGAAGUGCAUUCGGAUCCUCCAAUACUGGGUUUGGAUCUUCUGGCGGAUCGGUAUUUGGAAGCAGCAACAACAACACCACGCAAGCAAAUGCCUCUCCUUUUGGAAGCAGUAGCAACACUGGAGGAGGAGCGUUCGGUAGCAGCAAUACCGGUGGUGGUCUUUUUGGAAGCAGUGCCAACAAACCCUUUGGCUCCAGUUUUGGUACACCUCAAAACAACUCUGUCUCGCCAUUCGGUGGAGCUGCUACUACCACUGGUUUUGGAGCUGCUGGUGCCUCCAAUGACAACAAUGGUACCGCUGUGAAACCAUUCACUCCCUUCCUGGAAAAAGACUCCUCGGGAACCAAUUUAUACCAUAACGUUUCGAACAUGCCAGAGUACAGUAACUUCUCUUUCGAUGAGUUGCGUCUCAAGGACUACGAACAGGGCAGACGCUACGGUAACGGCAAUACUGGAACCGGUACAGGCUUUGGUGCGAACCAACAACAACUGGGCGGUUUUGGCUUUGGUGCCAACACAGGAAACACUGGCUCUGCUUUUGGCGGAGGCAAUUCUGCCUUUGGCUCUAACAACACUGGAACUUCUGCCUUUGGCCAGAGCAAUACCGGUACCUCUGCCUUUGGCCAAAGCUCUGGUGGAUUUGGUCUGAACAACAACACUAGCGGUGGUCUUUUUGGCCAAAGCAACAACACAGCCAACAACAGUUCGCCAUUUGGCGGUAAUACUGGAACUUCUGCCUUUGGUGGUGGCUCCAGUGCUUUUGGAGGCGGUUCGUCCGCUUUCAACAAGCCUUCAGGCUUUGGCGGAGGCUCAGCUUUUGGUCAGAACAACAAUAACAACACCUCAAGUGUAUUUGGAUCGAACAACAACCAAUCUGCGUUUGGUAGCGGUAACACAGGCUCUGCGUUUGGUCAGAACAACAAUAAUAGCUCGCCAUUUGGCGCCAGCAACAACAAUGCCUUGGGUUCCGGUGGAUUCGGCUCCAGCAACACUGGCGGUGGCCUCUUUGGAUCCAGCAAUAAACCAAGCACUGGCUUUGGUGGUGGCGGCUCGGCAUUUGGUCAAAACACCAACAAUAAUAACACCUCCGGAGGUCUUUUCGGAGGUGGAGGCGGUUCAGCUUUUGGCAAGCCUGCCACUGGCGGAGGUCUCUUUGGAUCCCAAAACAAUACCAAUAAUCAGAGUUCCGGAUUUGGUCAGUCUAAUACUGGCGGAGGUCUUUUUGGCCAGAACAACCAAUCAUCUGGUAACACUGGAGGUGGCCUCUUUGGCAGCAACAACAACACCCAAAACAACCAAAGUAACACUGGUGGUGGUUUGUUUGGAAGCAACAACCAAUCGAACAACAGCGGAGGUCUCUUUGGCAGCAAUAACCAAAACAACCAAUCCAGCGGUGGCGGUCUCUUUGGCUCUAAGCCCGCAGGCCAGACCGGCGGAGGUCUCUUUGGUAGCCUGAACAAUACUGGAUCCACUGGUUUCGGUGCCACUCAAAAUAACAGCAAUGCUGGGGGCUUCGGCAGCAAACCUGGUCUUGGAGGCGGUGGCGGAGGUUUGUUUGGUUCUAACAACAACGCUUCUACCGGAACCGGCGGUGGCUUGUUUGGCCUGAGCAACAACAACCAAAACACGGGAACUGGCGGAGGCCUUUUCGGUGGAGCAAACAACAAUACUGCUGGUGGUGCUGCUGGCGGCUCUAAUACCUCUGGCGGCCUCUUCAGCAAGCCAUCCACUACUUUUGGUGGUCUGACUGGAGGCGGUUUGUUUGGCCUGAACAACAACCAACAGCAGACUAACAACAAUAACACCUCUGGCGGUCUUUUCGGUGGUGGCUCUUUGCUUGGGGCCAACAGCAACAACAGCAGAACCAGAACCAAAACCAAGGCCAGCAAAGUCUUCUUGUUCCAGAGCAUACAAGGCCCUAACCAGAAUGUCAACGGACAACCUGAGGCCCCACAGGCUAUCGCUGUGAACCCGCCUGCUAAGAAGCGUGUUACGCUUUUAGCUGCUCAUAAGGUCUCACCACUUUUUGCUGCUAACAAGUCAGUGCCAUUUACCACCAGAAGAAAGGACAGCAUCACCUCUUCAGAACGCAAGGAGAACAAGAGGAAGGAUUUGUUCAAUGCUGAUGUCGACGCAGCUAUCAUGUCGUCUGAUAUCUUUGCUCCAAAGACCAACUACAAGAAGUUGGUGUUGAACGGAAGCAGUAAUGGCAGCACCAACUUGAUCACAUACAAGGAAAAUAACAGCAGGCCGCAGCAGGUGUCAUUUACUGUUGAAGGUGAGCAGAAGCAGAUUGAAAACUCCGAGACGAAGCCAGAAUCUAUCGAGCAAGAAGAGGUCGACGAGGACGGCUACUACAUGUUGCCUCCAUUGUCUGAACUCAAGAAGAAGCCAUUGGGAGAGUUGAGAGCAAUUGAAAACUACACAGUGGGCAGAAAGCAUUACGGUGAAGUCAAGUUCCUCAAGCCUGUGGACUUGUCAGCAUUCAACCUCGACGAAAUAUGCGGAAACCUCAUCGUGUUCGGACCAAAGAAUGUUAUUGUGUACCCUGACGACGAUAAGCCCAAGGAAGGCGAGAGCUUUAACAUUCCAGCUCAAGUGACGCUAGAAGGGUGCUACCCAAUCAACAAGAAGACCAAGUUGUCCAUCUUGGACCCCAAGGACGAGAUCGUGAAGAAGCACAUUGAGAAGUUGAAGUCUCUUCCGGACAUGACGUUCAAGGACUACGAUCCAACGAGCGGCAACUGGACGUUCACGUUUGAGCACGUCUGA